ACUAAAAUCUCGUGUAUGGAACAGGCAGAAUUUUACUCAGACUGUGUAAGAUGUCGACUCUACUUGGUUGACACAAUAGCAGGAGAUCCAGAGGUUCUGCAAGCAGAUGCUGAAACAUACUAUGAAAAACUCGUGAAGAAGUCCUUGUCCACUCCUGAUGUUUUUUCUGUCCCUGGAGGAGGAGAGGUUAAACUUGAAGAUUCCUGUGUGUGUUUUGUCCCUCUCUACCGAAAUAACCCUACUUGCAAACUGUUGCUGUUAACUGAUCCAAAGGAUAAAGAGACAGUUUUGGCAGUUUAUUUGAGCCAGCGUUGGUGGCCUGUGGAAGAUGUCGUGAAGACGGCUGAUCCUGCUAGAGAUGGGCUCGUUUUGGUCCAGACAUUUGGAGAAAGGAUUGUCCUCUUUGUUCUGAACUGCAUUAUUUUUGGAAUGCUGGAAGGCAGUUCAGCUAAUGAUGCAUUCUUUCUACCUCACUCUGCCACCGAGCGUGCCAAGAUACUCUGGAGAAACGGCGAGGCUGCUGCCUUUUACUCGGUCAAGAUGAAAGGGAGCCUGUGUGAUGGUACAACCAGUCAGUGUUACCUGCUGCCAGUUUUGGAUACUAUAUUUGUCCGGAGAAAGUGCAGAAGAGGUGGCCUUGGGAUGAAAAUGUUGCAUGAUUUCUGUCAGUCUUUCCUGGCUGAGGAUGCCUUGGGGAUCAGCUGCCCUAUUUCUGCUGCCAUGUAUCAAGUGUGCCAGAAAUUCCUGCAGGCUCAUCCUGAGGAGCAGAAGCGACUGUGGGAAGUGGAAGCACCAGGAGAUUGGAGCCAGCGAGUGAAUAUCUGGUUAAAAAUUCAGAUGGAGUCAUCCCCUUCAGGAAGGCAAAAUAUUCCCCCAAUUUCUCCAGAGGCUGAAGUGGGCUCUUGUGUGGAGAAGACUCCAAGCACCAAACCCAGACAAUCAGAUAUGGAACAGAUGAAUAAGGGUGUUGACUGCUUUCCUGGCGUUGAGCAAGAGGCAGGAGAUGCCAUGGAGAAAAAAGAUGACAAAACAGCAGCAGGGACUCUAAACUCACAAGGUUCUGAAGAGGAGGACUUGGAACAAGGUGCAGGCAAUGCUCAGGAACAUAAAGGACUCAGGAAAAGAGCAGGUCCUGGGGACUUAGCUGGAGACAAGGCCACCAAACAAUUUAAAACUACACCAUAAUUGCUGUUUCAGAAAUCAGCAAAAUUCAGUAUGAUUUUAAAAAUUGUAAUUGACUCUUCUUAAUUUGUAACAGUGGAGAAAUUUCUUCAGGUAUGAUGAAAAUUUUUGCAGCACACCUUGUUCAUUUUAUGUUUUGUUUUAAAUAAAGCUUUUGUUUAGUAA